CUGCUAGAAUUGUUCGACAGCGAAGACCCCAGGGAACGUGAAUACCUCAAGACCAUCCUCCACCGGGUUUAUGGAAAAUUCCUGGGCCUUCGGGCGUAUAUUCGCAAGCAAUGCAAUAACAUAUUUUUGAGGUUUAUCUACGAGAUGGAACAUUUCAACGGAGUGGCUGAAUUAUUAGAAAUCCUUGGGAGCAUCAUCAACGGCUUCGCGCUGCCCUUGAAGGCGGAACACAAGCAGUUCCUGGUACGGGUACUCAUCCCACUUCACUCCGUCAAAUCGCUCUCCAUUUUCCACGCCCAGCUGGCCUACUGCGUGGUCCAGUUCUUGGAGAAAGACGCCACGCUGACCGAACACGUGAUACGGGGCCUGUUGAAAUACUGGCCAAAGACUUGCACCCAAAAAGAGGUGAUGCUCCUGGGGGAAAUCGAGGAGAUCCUGGAUGUGAUCGAACCCUCGCAGUUUGUGAAGAUCCAGGAGCCGCUGUUCAAGCAAGUGGCCCGAUGCAUCGCCAGCCCCCACUUCCAGGUGGCCGAACGGGCUCUCUAUUUCUGGAACAACGAAUACAUCCUGAGCCUGGUGGAGGACAAUUGUCACACGGUGCUCCCCACCAUCUUCGGCACGCUCUACCGCGUCUCCAAGGAGCACUGGAACCC